CGUCGUCAUCAACCCCCCCCCCCACCAAAAGCCCUAAACCCCAGGGAGCAGAGCAGGAGCCACGACCAUGGCGCUUCUUCUCGCCAGACGCAAACUAAGGCUCCCAUCAGCCCCAUCUUUGAUUCGCUUAUUCUCCAAUUCCUCAUCGAAUCCACCUCCCAAAGUCCCCAACGCAUCCGUCGAGAAACCUCCCCAGUCUCCGUCGAACUCUCCCUUCACCGACGUCAAGAACUCUCUCAGGCAGAACUCCACCCAAUCUCCGAAUCACGGAUCGAGCAGAUUCUCCGAUAACCAGUCGCGAGGAUCGUUACAGGAUUUAAGCAUCAAACUCGCCAAGUUUAAGCUUAGAUCCGCCGCUCCACCUCCGAAGGGAGCACCAAACUCCUUCGAGGCGCUCUACAAGCAGAAGGUUGCCGCAAACUCUAGUGAUCAUCGAAAAGGGCGAGAGAUGGAUGAUGAGGGGAGGAGUAGGGAAGGUGAAACGGAGGAGUUUUUAAAGAUUUAUAGAGAAGAUGAAUUGGGUGAGAAACUGAAGAUGCUUAGGCCGGAGGGGAAGAAGGAAGAAGGGUGGUUCUCGUUGGAGGAGUUGAAUCAGAGGUUGGUUAAGUUAAGGCAAGUGGAUGAGAAAGACGUCAAGAAUCAGCGUGUCAACUUUUCGGUGCUCAGGAAUGUUAUUGGUACAUUUGAGGAUGAGGAAGCCAAAAACGAAGCUGUUUCCCUGCAGAAUCUCGACAUUCUAGGCUAUUUGGAUGGUACUCCUGAGUACAAGCAUUAUCCUCCUAAAGAUGAGCUUGUUGAAACUUACUUCCACUCAGACAAUCUGUCCUCUGCGGAGAAGAUGAAAAUUGAGCUCACGAAAGUCAGGGAAGAUUUCAAGAUGUCAGAAUCAGAUUGUGGUUCUGCACGCGUGCAAGUGGCGCAGCUAACUACUAAAAUCAAGCAUCUGAGCUCUGCUCUGCACGAAAAGGACAAGCAUUCGAAGAAGGGACUCUUUGCAAUGGUGCUGAAACGGAAGAAGCUUUUGAAAUAUCUAAGACGAACUGACUGGGAUUCUUACUGCCAUGUCCUGUCAAAUCUCGGGCUUCGUGACAACCUCCCUGAUUACAAGAUCCCGGAUUACAAGGAUGAGACUUAGCUGUUCAAAUCCUGUUAGGCAUUUUAUUCUUUAGGGAAGAAACUCCCUCAACUCUCUCUUGUUUCAUUAUUCAUUAAUAUUCCCUUUCACAUUUGGAGUGUGAUAAUAGAGUAGUUAUAUACUAAUAAGCCUUUUCAUGAUAUAA